AUGAUUAAAACUGUGUUCUAUACCUUCCUUCAAACAAAACACCAAGAAGAAACCACUAAUCCAACAUAUCCUAACUAUCCAUUGUUUCCUCAAGAAGUCGAGAUCCGACCUAUAACUUUUUUUCGUUGGGAAAUCCUCAAAACCCUAACAAUGGAAGAAACUUGGGAAGAAGGCAAGUUCGAACUUCCUACUGAGCAAAUCCAAGAUACCGUAAUGACAUACUUUUCGGAACAUGACAUCUUAAGGAUAAAUUUAUGGACUUGUAAGUCUAUUGUAAAGGUGAAAGAUCUUGAUACAAACACUUUGCAUUAUGUUACAUUGUGGAAACAUCCUCAUGAGGUUAACUUCGCUAUGCGUGAAUCUUGGAUCGAAGAAUUUGUUAAGAGGAGGAAGCUUGUGGCUGGCAUGGUCGUUGGUAUGUAUUGGGAUUUUAAUAGUGCCAUGUUUUGUUUCUCAGUAUUAGAGGGAAGGGAGUGAAUUACUAGAUAAGAUAUUAAUAUUGUUAUGAUAUUUAAUAAAUCUAUCAUUUUAUGUUCGAAUGAGUUCUAGCAAAAAUAAAUUGUGUGAGACUUUUUAUGAUUUUA